UUUUAAAAGGCAAACAGCUGUUCAAUUAAUCAUAAGCGUAAACAAAACCAUUUCUUGCUGAGGAGUAAACAAAGAAAUUAAAUCAUUUUUAAGAGAAGUGUAAUUACCUGCUGAGGGGAAACAAAUAGGAAUUCCAAAUUAAACACCCACAACGAGCGUUACAUUAAGAAGUGGUAUUUUCAUCCUCAUUUUAAUUUGACCCCCUUUGCGACGCCCAUUUUUUGUUGUUCUGUGUCUUACAAGUCGGCCGUAAAAAUUGGCCAAUAUGAUAAAUUACUAGACUCGGCAAAGACUCUUAAUCACACGCCGGAAUGUGCUGCAAACUAGUGCCGCAGCCGGACGACCAUUGAACUUUUUACAAACGUGCCGCUAUUGAUUGCAACCACCUGUUGGGGCAAAACAAUCCACCCUCAAACAAAAACACCCAGCCACGUAGUCUCGAGUCAGUCGUUGAAAUAUGCUACAUCGAAACGCUAGAAUGUGGACGCUGUGCGUGCAGACGGCUUUGAUAGCCACCUUGGUGAGGGAAUCCACUUCCCUAAAGGAUAAUCUCGUGGGAAGAACACAGAAAUCCUACAAUCCCAGCGAGCUCUCCGAGUCCCGUUUCCUGGAGUACAGCAAUCUAUCCGAUAAACUUCACUUAAGGGAAGCCAUUGACAAAAUCCUUAUACCCCGAAUUGUGGGCACAAAAAAUCAUACCAUCGUGCGGGAAUACAUCGUCCAGAGUUUGAGGGAUCUAGACUGGGAUGUGGAAAUAAAUAGCUUCCAUGAUCACGCUCCCAUCAAAGGCAAAUUGCAUUUCCACAACAUCAUCGCCACCCUAAAUCCAAAUGCUGAGAGAUAUCUGGUUCUGGCCUGCCAUUAUGAUAGCAAGUACAUGCCUGAAGUGGAGUUCCUGGGGGCCACUGACUCAGCAGUGCCUUGUGCCAUGCUGCUCAACUUGGCCCAGGUGCUCCAGGAGCCACUUAAAGAGCUCAAGAAGAACAAACUGAGUUUAAUGCUCCUGUUCUUCGAUGGCGAAGAGGCUUUCGAGGAGUGGGGACCCAAGGAUUCUAUCUAUGGAGCGCGACACCUGGCCAAAAAAUGGCAACAUGAAGGAAAACUGGAUAGAAUAGAUAUGCUGGUGCUCCUGGAUCUGUUGGGAGCCCCCGAUCCAGCAUUCUACAGUUUCUUCGAAAACACCGAAUCCUGGUACAUGCGUCUCCAGUCCGUGGAGACACGUCUUGCAAGGUUUCAGCUCCUAGAGCGCUAUGCCAGCAGUGGGGUUGCCCAGCGCGACCCCACCCGCUAUUUUCAGUCGCAGGCCAUGCGGUCUUCUUUCAUCGAGGACGAUCACAUACCCUUCCUGCGGAGAAAUGUGCCGAUCUUGCACCUUAUUCCGGUGCCCUUUCCCAGUGUCUGGCAUACGCCCGACGAUAACGCCAGCGUGAUUGAUUAUGCGACGACGGACAACCUGUCGCUGAUUAUACGGCUCUUCGCUUUGGAGUAUCUGGGCGGAGCCGAGGCCAAGUAGUCAAGUGGGCUCCUGUGUGAAUCACAAAUGUUGUAUCUACUUACGGCCUUAUCUAAUUGACCUGUUUCAAUAUAGAAACCUUGUUAAAUGUUCUUACGCCCGCCGAAAAAUCCAUAAAAACCUGGUAAACGACUGCGUGCUUUAAAACUACUAAGAAAGAUCUGCAAUACGCGUACUCCAGAUAUUUUUAUACACAUGUAUUUAUAAAAAAGCUUAGCUAAUGACACGUCACGUUAAUAUAUUUUUUGUAAUCUUUCGUUUGUAAAUUGUUUCACUUAUGUACAUAUUCAGUUCAACAUACACAUAGUAAAUGUACCUUAAAACAAAAAA